GUUCACACAUUAUAACACUACAUCAGGAACGCAUCUCGAAAUGUAAAACCCAGCCAUACAGCUGCCGCGUCCUUUCAGAGACGGGGUAUCAACAACCUCAGCUGCAAACACAGAGCUUGGAAUUUUGCUUAAAGAAUAGAUGUUCAGGGAUCUUGAUCAUGGAGCAAGUUGCAAUAACUCCCUUUACUACACGGCUUCCUUAAGACAAGGCGCAGUUAUCUAGCAGCAUACUAUUGGUAAUUUCAAACAGCUUCAGCUGCAAUUUAGUUGGUUUACAAAAAAAAAAAAAAAAAAAAAAAAAAAAAAAGCAUACUGGUCUGGACCAGUUUUUGUCCAUACCGCUACAGUGUACUACUGCCGCUAUACCUAUACUGGAAUAUGGACUGAACAGACAGCCACUGCAGUUGUCGGAGCCCACAUCUAUCACCGACUUUCGUCUUAGAUUGUGACCGUUACACAGAUAUUUGAAGUGUGAACUCCUCGAGACAGAAUGGACCUCAACAGAUUCAAGCCCAUGGACAGCACUCGCGUAUUGUUCUGUGUUUUUAGCAUUUUGGCUCAGAUUUUGGCAGAGCAAGAAGUGGAGAAUCUGUCAGGUUUAUCAACCAGCCCCGACAAAGAUAUAUUUGUGGUUCGAGAGAAUGGGACAACGUGUCUAAUGGCAGAGUUUGUGGUCAGAAUAGUCGUACCGUUUGAUGUCUUAGCCCUCAAUGGUAUAGAUCUCAUCACAGAACAAGCCCAAAUUACAGUUCCGCGUGGGGCUGAAAUACAAGGUAAAUGUGGUUCUACAGAAGCAGAGCUACAGAUUUCAUGGAUUAAUGAUGCUUAUACAUUUCGUCUCUUCUUCAUCAAGGAGGCACAUAACGUAUCUAAGGGUCAAGAUGUUUUCUGGAAGAUCAAUAAAAUCCAAUUCGUUUAUGACACUAAAGAACCUUCGCAUUUCAUUAACGCCGUUAAUCCUGGAAAACACACUGCCAGUUCACACCAUCUGUCGGCCCUUGUGACCCCGGGUGGCAGGUCCUAUGAGUGCCAGGCUCAGCAGACACUUUCCUUGAUUUCCAGUGACCACCACAAAGGUGUGACCAUCUCAAUGUCCGAGGUGAGGAUCCAGCCCUUUGACAUCAAGAGCGACUUUAUGUUCAGUGAAGCCUAUAAAUGUAUAACUGACCAGAGGGAACAGCUAGAAGAAAUGUUGCCACUAAUUUUGGGCAUCAUCCUGGCACUCAUCAUUGUAAUUACUCUUGCUGUGUAUCACAUCCAUCAGAAGAUGACUGCAAACCAAGUACAGCUUCCUAGAGACAGAAGUCAAUAUAAGAACAUGUGAUGACUUUUACCACCUCUCAUCUGUUACAGUCACUGAAUGAUGAGUUUUAUCUUCAUAAAUACAUUAUAUUUAUUAAAGUUGUGUUUUACAGGUUUUCCAUGAGGAUGUUGCUGUGAGUUUUUCUUUUUCAUAUUGUUGAAAACCAUUAGUAAAUAUUAAUAGGUCAUACAUACUGGCUAGCUAUUAUUUAAUGCAUACUCGAUUAAUAUGUAGUAACAAACUGUAAAAUAAUCCAUUAUAAAUGCAUGAAGCACAUUUUUAAUGCUGUAUUUUAAAAGGGAGGCACAGAAAGUACAGGAGUAGAGUGUUACUGUAUGAUUUUGUCCUUUCUUGGUUGUAUGUUUCCUAUGACUAUGACUUAUUGUACAUCAUCAAUCAACACACUUGAAUGUAUAAAAUGUAAGAUGUGUAAAUAAGACUAUUAAAGCUAUCAAACUGUAACAGGAAUAAUUGAUUAACAGUACACAGUAUGCUUAUGGCUGGGGUAGUGCAACAUGUGUCUUCAUAGCAUUACAUGUUUGAUCAUUUAUUGCAUUACAAAAUAGAGUAUUCAUGUCAUGAUUUGCAUUAUGUGCAACAUACAAUUUAAUUAGAUGGCAUUGAAAUCAAAUAUGUAAAGUUAUAUUUAAAGAAAUAAAUUAUGUAACCAUAAUAUUAUGUGUACCGUAUAUUUUAUGUUAAUUAAACACUUGUCCCUGUCUUUUCUGUGAAA